CUGACUGUUUCCCCUUGCUUUUGUAUUCAUGCUAAGCCAAUUUCCUGCUGGUUCUUAGCUUCAGGCUUAGCAUACAUAGAAAGUACUUUGUCGAUCCUCAUCAAACGCUGCGUGAGAGAAAACUGCUCCUUUCAAAGCUGAACCUGACAGUUUGGCCCUUUGAAAUGGCAGAUGACAAAAUAAUCUCCAUUUCAGUUUCACUUAUUUCCCAUGCUCAGCUCAUGAAGACCAUGUGAUAGGGAAGAAACAAAAACUCAGGGUCAAAAACUAACCAUCAAGCUGAGUGGACAAUGAGCUGAUAUUGUUUUGUCAACUAGCAGCAGAACUCAUAUUUUUUACGUUCUUCCCGUGUCUUUUUAUUUUCUCUCUGCUUCUCUUUGUCCGUCCCUCUUUCUGUAGGUGAACACAGAGGGAAGGUUUCGGAGGAGAGAAGCGGCUAACAUGAACUUCGACGGUUAUAACAGGAACUGUGGUGGAAGAAAAUGAUGGACAUAAGCCAGAAGUUGUUUCUGGUGAUGGUAUAUUUCACUACGCUCUCCGUGGCUCAUUAUCAGGACAGCUUCCACAGGUCAGUGGAGGAUGUGCUGGAGCACCCUGGGGGUCGCAUACAGCCAGGACUCUGCAGCUAUGGUCAGACUACUUCCUGUUGUUUGGGAUGGAGGAAUGUUAACGGCAUUUGUCAGCCGGAGUGUAAGAAGUCGUGUGUCAAUGGAAAAUGCGUGGGACCAGGCAAGUGUUUAUGCUCCAUAGGGUAUAAAGGACGUCAGUGUGAUGAAGAUGUGAAUGAGUGUGGUUUCCUGGAGAGACCAUGUUCCCAGCGCUGCAUGAAUACACACGGUAGCUAUCGCUGUUACUGUGAACCUGGAUACACACUCAGUAUAGAUGGAUACACCUGCACCAGAGAGGCUGCAUGUUUCUCCCUGCGCUGCCAGUUUGGUUGCCAGAUGGAGAAAGGGGGAGUGAUGCGCUGUCUGUGUCCCCCCGGCCUCCACCUGGCCACUGACAACAAGACCUGUGAAGAUGUAGAUGAGUGUCAGCGGGAUGUUGAUGUGUGUCCGCCACGGCAGACCUGCAAGAACACUUUCGGCAGCUUUGUCUGUGUGUGCCAAGAUGGCUUUGUGAUGGGGACGCUCCAGGGCUCGGUGCAAUGUCGAGAUAAGGACGAAUGUUUAACUGGGUCUCACCGAUGCAAUCGCCAUGCUCGGUGUGUCAACACAGAUGGUUCCUACACCUGUCAGUGUUUGGAGGACUACUUCGGCAACGGACGCACCUGCUGGCCCAGGAGAGCCCCACAGUCCAAGGCUGUGAUGUACUUCAACUACAAACUCUCCAAAAGGACCAAGCUCAUACAACCUUCAUCUUAGAGUCUUAAAAUGUAGGCUCAAACAAAAGGGCGACAAUAGAAGGUUACUUGAGAAGAAGACUAAAUGGUUAAACGUUUUGGUGUGGAAGUUUUCUCAGAACGUUCCGUAAUGUCAACUAUUCCCUUUUCUGUUCAAGGCUGUUCUGUUUCCUUCUCUAGCCAGAAAGGCAAAAACCUGGAACACCCUCAACACCAUUAGUUGCCUGUUUCAUGUCUGUUGAAGGAACCCUUCAAUUAACAAAUGCACUGCAACAGGACCACACUCUGUACUUUGCUUGCGUGCUCCAGCCCAAAUGGAUUGUGAUGACAGGAGGGUUUUCAUUUGCGCUGGCAUCACCAGUGCCACAGAAACACCACUCCUGUUAUUGCACGUGGGAUAAGCCACUUCGUCCAACGAAAUGCUCUACAGAAUUGCAAAUAUUACUUAAGAAAUAGUUGGUAAUUUAUUAUAUUUUUCAUUAUGCGUACGUUUUCUUCAUGAAAAAGAGCAGUUUUGUGAGCCUCCAUAAGAAUUUGUUAAGAAAAGGCUGACAUCUGGUGGAUAGACAAGGGAAGAGACGACAUGUCUGCUGCCUUCACAAUAAAAUAAGAAAGUUGGUGAGACAGAAUUCUGUCAAAGGGUGUUUAACUUGUGUGUCUGCCAUACAGCAUGUCUGUAAAUGUUGGUAUGAUGCUGGUUUUCUGAAUCUCUAAUUAAAAACCUGUCCAAAA